AUGAUCGUUCUUAGGGCCAAGACAUGUACCCUUGCCCUUGCUCUGUCCGCCCCACUCGAUCUUCGAGAUCUCCAAGACGACAACAACGACUCUCCACCAACACAGCCAUCGAACGAGAUCGAUGGUUUUCGUGCUGCGACCAUGGACGAAGACGAACCGAAGCAGCAGCCGCACGCGCCGGCGAAUUAUGGCCAGGAUGUGCCAGCGCGCUCCGACAUCGACGAGAUCCUGAGGCGGAAGCGAAAGGCACGCGAGUACAAGGCUUGUUAUCCGUGCCGUCAGCGCAAGGUCAAAUGCGACCAGUCAGUCCCGUGUAAAACAUGCGUUGUCCGCGAGCACCCGGAGCUGUGCACCUACCAUCCUCCCAGCGAGUCGCAUCCGCCAGCGAAGCGCCUGAACAUGGGAAUUGGCCAGAAUGGGAACGACUUUUCGAAUGGAAUGGUGCACAUUCAUGGUGGCACUGUCACACUUCCGCGAGAGGACUGGGAGCGAAUUUGCGCAAAGCUGCAGACGGCAGAGAAGUCGCUGGCUGAUCUGAAAAACUCGGUUGCGAGCGUCUCAGAAGUGUCACCCAAUGCGCCAGCGAACGGAUACUCUCCAGCUACGGCCGGCAACACUCCGCUUGCGGCUUCUGCGCCCAUCGACAGCGAGACGAGCCACGUUAGAACACAAGGCAUACACACAUACAACGACUUUACCGGACAGACGAUACAUGUUGGGCCGAGCUCCGUGCCUGCGCUGGUAAUGGCUCUGGGCAAGGGUGACAGUCAAUUCCAGGGACUUCAGGAUGUUCUAGGCAAAAAGAGCAUGUUACCAAUCUUCGGUCUGGACAACGAAACGGCCACGUAUCCUUUCGUGGACCUAUGGGGACUACCUCACGGUUCCAUUCAAAGAGCGCAAGAGCUAGCGAACGCGCUUCCAAAUGACGCCGAGUGCCUCAGCUUUUUCCGAUGCUACCGAGAGACGGCACAUGUCGUCUACCCCGCGGUUGCCGACAUCGAAGGCAUAGAGUCAGAUUUGUUGCUUUUCCUAAUCAACAGGGCAAGCGCGCAGGGUACCGCUGGCAUUACAGACGAGGCGAUAUAUGGCAAAGAUUUCCAUUGGAUUGGUCUAGUGUUUGCUAUCCUCGCCUCGGGUGUACAUCUGCUGCAGCUUCGAAUGCCUGCGCUUUACCAACUUUCUUUCCCAUGCGACUUUGGAGAACAUCCAAACGCUCUCCUUAUUCUUGGGAAUGUCAUCUCUAACAACAUGAACGCCGGCGUAUCCUGGAGUUUGAUGGGACUUACUGAUUCGUUGCUGUCCAUCUCCUACGACCGUGCAUCAUCAACCACCACCAUCGACCACACUAUUCCUCUGAGCCCACAUACCGCACCUGGCACAAGAACGUAUGUUGAGAGCAUGUACCGUCUGUGUAAAGUAGGCCUUGACAUUGUCCGAGAGCGUCAACGUCCACAAAACUCCCAAGAGUCUCUGAUGCGCAUCACCGAACACCGACAAGAGCUCCAAGAGAUCAUGGUGGAUGCUGCAGACUAUCUGAAAGACUCAAGGCGAUGCCGCUCCAUGAGGGAUCAGCUUGAGCAUUGGGCUUUGUACCUGCACAUUUCCUACAUCACAUCCGAACUCUGUCGACCUGCGAUCAGCCCAAGCACGGCGGCUUUUGACCUGUCUAAGACCUUGCGCAAGGUCUGCAUCGACAGCCUCACCAACACCGUGGAGGCUUUCCUUGGACUGCAAAAUAUGACGCCUUUUGCUACACGCUCGUGGGCUUCGGUUCAUCGAUCCAUCAGCACCGCCCUUCUUCUUGGUAUCAUUGGCGAGCACAACCGCAACGAGCGAGCACGUUCUCUCCUGACGAAUCUCGUUCAGGUCCUCGGCGAUGUCACUGCUAGCGUGGAUCCGGCAGAACUGUCAGCGCCCAUCACUCGUUCGGUAUCAGCCCUCGAGCGAUUGCUGAGAGUUCCGUCUGCCCCACGGAAGGCCAGCGAGGCCGGAUCCCAGUCAUCUCCUUCACUGGCUCAAUUCACCACAGACGAACUUAACGGUGUCCUCAAUGGUGAUGGCUCCCUGACGCAGUCGCCUCUACUUGGACUGGAGCUUGACUCAUCACCAUAUGCCCUUAUGGAGUCCAUUGUCUGGGGCGCUCAGAAGACACCUUGA